ACGGUCGCGAGGAUUUAGUUUACCUUGCAAUCGGUGUGUGUAGUACUUCGGAGUAACUGCUCUUCAAAUACUUGGAAAAACGGGUGGCUGCUAGUCACACAACGUCUGCAUUGCUUGUCAGCAGGAAUAUUGUGCACUUUAGAAGAGGGAUGGAAUCAAAAAGAGAAGGGAAGGACAAGUUCUUUAUAGUGACACGGGGGAAGGCGAGAAAAGGCUUCGCAAGAGGAUGUAUCGGCCGUGUGGAGGCAGAGAUGCAGAAGGGAGAGCUGAUGGGACUGUUGUACGGAGGUGGCAGCAGUGGGGGUAACCCUAAGAGUGGGGGCAUGGUGAAGAUGGAGGACACAUAUCCCCUCACCUGCCACCAGGCCCAGCUGCUGCUCUUUGUGUCCCCCUCCAGCAAACGCCUGGAGCUCCUGUGUAACCCCCAGCUUUUUUUGGCUAUCUGUGUGCUGUCUCAGGAUGACCUGGUGGUAGUGAAGCACAAGAAGGGUCACCAACCAGGGCUGGUUAGGAACCUAAUGCUGAUCGGUAAGAAGGAGAACCAAGGGGACCUGCUGAUGCUGGGCUUUGAGGUUGAGUUUGUGCAAGACUCUAAUCAAACAGUGUCAUCUAAGAAGCCCGCCCCUCUUCCCCUGUUCAGUGCAGCAGACAUUGUCCAGGUUGUCCCAGCGUACUCUGUAGGCCUUGGCCCUCGCUGGAAAGACAGUCAUUCAGAGGGUCUAAACAGAAAGGCGGUGUCACGUAUCAACUCCAUGCCUAAUAUGGGAUCUCGUGGACGACAAGUGAGAGAUAUAAACCACGUAGACCAGAGUGUCACCCCACCCGAAAGCCUGUCAUACCACACUUUUGAUGUGGGAUCCCUGGUGGAGGUAACGUCCAACACUGGGAUCACUGUAUAUGGGGUAAUCCAGUGGAUGGGUGUCCUUUCAGAAAAUAAAAACGACUGGGUUGGAAUUGAGCUGGAUUAUGAGGUGAAUAAUUGCUCAGAUGGGACGUAUGGACGCCAGCGGUAUUUCACUUGUAAAGGGGGCAGGGCCUUAUUUGUGCCCCUAACAAAGUGCAGUCCAGAUGGAAGGUUCCUAUGUCCCCGCUCUGAAAAGGAGACCUUCAAAGCCACAAAUAUCCUCCCAGUCAGUCCAUUGGAGGAAACCGAUGAGAAUGUUCCUCCUAUCCCUGAGUCGGAAGCCUUGUCUUUGCUCGUGGGCAAGAUGAAGGGGAUCCAGGGGCACUACAACUCCUGCUACCUCGAUGCCACUCUCUUCAGUCUGUUCAGCUCAUCCAUGACCCUGGACAGUGUUUGCCACAAACCAGCUGACACAGAACAGAGCAUAUCUCGCUCUCUGAGGAAAGACAUCGUUAACUGUUUGCGCCGACAAGGUUUUGUGCCUGCUGAGAGUGUAAUGAACUUCCGCAAGCAACUCGGCUGUGACACCUUUGUAACAGAAGAGAAAGACCCUGAAGAGUUCAUCACAAUCCUUCUACAGCGGGUGCUGUGCAUGGAGCCAUUGCUUAAACUCAGAUCGAAUAACGACACAUCUCAGGAUGCCUACACAUUCCAGAUUAUUCUGGAUAAGGAGCAGGUGACACAGACUCCCACGGUUCAGCAGCUGCUGGAUACCUCCUUCCUGUCUUGUGGCCUCAAGUUUGAGGAGAUCCCAUCCUGUCUCAUGGUCCAGAUGCCAAGGUUUGGGAAAAAGUACAAGAUGUUCCCCCACAUCAUCCCCUCAACAGAGCUUGACAUCACAGAUCUUCUGUACAACUCCCCCCGAGAGUGCUUCCUCUGUGGGCGUUUGGCAGAGUAUGAGUGCCCCCAGUGCCUACAGGACCGCAAGCUCCAGCCAGGAAGAGUCAAACAGUACUGCACUACUUGCAAGACACAGGUGCACACUCAUCCAUCUCGGAAGGGCCACUGCCCUAGAGCCCUGGCAGUGCCAGCGGAGGUUCCGGCAGAUGCCCCUUUACCCAGGCACAUGAUGCAGUUGUUCGCUGUGCUCUGCAUCCACACCAGCCACUAUGUGUCUUUUGUGAAGUAUGGGCCUGGCCCUCGCUCCUGGCUCUUCUUCGACAGCAUGGCAGACAGAUGUGGUGAUGACCACAGUGGCUACAACAUUCCAGAGAUCAGGGCUUGUCCCGAGGUGGGUGACUUCCUGUCUCAGUCAGAGGAGGAACUAGUGUGGGCUGACCCCUCCCAGGCUGGAGAGCCUGUCCGCAGGCUGCUGUGUGACUCCUACAUGUGUUUGUACCAGAGCGCAUCCAUGGCACUCUACAGAUAAAGCCAGCACAAGGCUGAAGUGUACUGAAGAGAACACAGUGUUCUCACAACAGUGCUAAAAUAACCUUGGUUUCAGCAUCGCCAUGGCAUCAGUUCGUUUUCACAAAAACAAAACACUGAUGAUUAGUUGAAGAACUUAAACUUUAAAGGGAUGCUUCUAUGAUAACUGAAAUAAUCACCAAGGUCUUCUCAAAUGUUUUCCUUUGUCAAUGUAAUUGACCUUUGUUUCAAUGAAGGUUGAUUGAUGAAGUUGGGGUUAGGAAGGGCAAUUGAACUAUUGGUAAUGUUUUAUUGUUGCACAUUUCUAUGUAAACAUAUAGUAUACUGUAGAUUUAUGGAAUUGAAGUGGAUCUAUGACUGCUUGUGGAAUUCUGUUGAAUGUCAGUGUUUUCCGGCUUUUUUUUAUGUUGAAGGAAUGAAAUAAUAU